AUGACCCCUAUAUUCUCGUUCCUAUUGGCGACGUUGAUGUCGGAAGUUGCGGCAGGUGGUCAAAACGUGCCCCUUAUCACCCGAUACGCCCUGUUUGUUUUGCUCGCUGCGGCUGGCGAUGGUAUUACCGGCGGCCUCAAAUUCUUUAUUAUGGAAGUCGCAGCUAUGAACUGGGUCACCGCUCUCCGCGAACGAUGCUUCGAACGAAUUCUGGCCCAAGAUAAGCGGUGGCACGAUGAAGCUUCCAACUCCCCCGUACACAUUGCCCAGGUCCUCAUCAAAGAUGGCGACGAUGCCCGGACUCUUAUCGCCGUUGUCCUUGGCCAGUCAGUCACGUAG